AUGGCCACUUUUCUUCCCAGCACGGCGUUCGGUAGCUGCAUCCGGUGGCUAACAAACGGUCGAUUAUUUCAGUAUCCAGAAAAGCAGGCCGGGUUUCAGCUACCGCCGAAAUAUUUGUCUGCCGUGGAACAAGCAGCACAACAGUCAGGGUUACGUCCUACCGAAGGCAGUGAUGAACAACAAAACGAGAGCCUACCAUCACCAGAUCCAUCCUCACCCGGCGCAGACAGCGGAGAUCGGUCGGUAGAUAUAGAGAAAAGCGCACAGGACAACGGAUUUCAAUGGAUAAGUCCCGAGGUAACGCCCGAUGGUGCAAUAUUGGUUGGAUGGUAUUCUGAUACAGAUCCUGGAAACCCCCAUAACUGGCCGUCAUGGUUGAAAUUCCUGGUAUAUUUCCAGAUCAACUUCUAUACCUUUGUCAUCUACAUGUCCUCCUCGAUCUUCUCUAUCGUGCAGCAAGAGUUCAUGACAACAUAUGGCGUCCCUCAGUCUGUGGGCUCUCUUGGUCUCGCACUCGUCCUUCUAGGUUAUGGAAUUGGACCGUUGCUUUUCAGUCCGAUGUCGGAAAUCACAGCUCUCGGGCGGAAUCCUCCAUAUAUAGUCACUUUGAUGAUUUUCAUGGUUUUAACUGUGAUCACUGGUGUGGUUAAUAACGCGCCUGGAUUUCUUGUUCUACGGUUCCUUCAGGGAUUCUUUGGCUCGCCGUGUCUGGCUACUGGAGCUGCGUCGUUGGCAGACGUGACCAGUCUCAUCAACCUGCCUUACGGCCUUUGGAUCUGGGGCACAUUCGCUACUUCUGCGCCUGCAGUGGCCCCUACGAUUGGCGGCUUUAGCUCCGUGGUCAAAGGUUGGCGGUGGUCCAUGUGGGAAGUUCUCUGGGGCACAGUACCAUGUUUAAUACUCCUGUUUUUCCUCCCCGAAACCUCUUCCGAGACAAUCCUCCAUCGUCGUGCAAAAAGACUUAGAAAAGUGACGGGUAACGACGCCUUUAAGGCUCCCUCUGACCUCGACAAGUCCAAGUCAUCAAUUGGUGCCAUAGUGAACGCCGCCCUAGUUAUUCCCUGGAAAAUCAACGCCUUGGAUCCCGCCAUCCUCUUCACCACCAUCUACACUGCACUGGUCUACGCCAUCUUCUACUCCUUCUUUGAAGUCUUCCCACUCGUCUACCUCGACAUAUACCAUAUGAGCCUACCACACAUGGGACUUGUAUUCCUCACUGCCAUCGUUGCCGCUUUAACCAUCAUGCCGUUCUACUUUAUUGUUACCCACUUUGCAAUCUCCAAGCCCAUUUUAAGCGGCACCUUCCCUCCACCAGAACGCAGACUUAUACCAGCCCUUCUUGGCUCGUUGCUCGUACCCACAGGCAUGUUCUUGUUCGCCUGGACAUCAAAGAAGGAGAUCCACUGGAUCGUGCCAACGUUGGGAUUCUUCUUCAUUAUGGCUGGUGUAAUAACCCUACUGCAAUGCAUGUUUGGGUACAUGGCAGUCGCAUACCCGAAGUACGGUGCCAGUCUUUUUGCCAUGAACGACUUUGCCCGGUCGACAUUAGCGUUUGCGUCGAUUUUAUGGUCUGGUCCACUGUAUCGGAAUCUCGGAAUUGCAAAGGGAACAAGUUUAAUCGGGGCGUUGACGGCUGCUUGUGUGUUUGGGGUGUACGCCUUGUACUUGUACGGGCCCGCGUUACGAAAAAGAAGUCGAUUUGCGGAGUAG